UACAGGUAUAAAUAUCACAAUGAAAAGUACUUCAAAAUAUUUAGAAUAUCACAACAAAAUAAGUAGUCAAUAUUUAGCAGAUGGUACUGAAAGUCAUCGUGCCCCAUCAGAUUGUACAUUAUCUGAAUAUAUUGUACCCACUGAUCAUGCUACAAUGGUAAAAUCAAUGAAGACCAAAGACGAUUCUGAAAAAUAUGAAAAAGAGGAAGGAAAACAAUCAGGAAAUAUACAUAACAGCCGUGGUUCCAUAUUAUCUGGAUCUUUGAGACACAAUCUUCAUCCUUUUAGUGAAAGUAUUUCACAUGAUAGCAUAUGUGAUAAUGGUUCAGAUAUAUAUGUUACAAGUGCUGCAUAUAGGGCAACUUCAGAUAUAAGCCAUCACAGUCUAACACCAAGUUCAAGACUGGGUCAUCAUGCACCUAGUCAUUGUAGUUAUGGUUCUGCAAAAUCAGUAAAAUCUCAUACAUCCAAAAAAGACGGUAUUGUUAUAGAAACUAUGUCAACACCUAAUCCUUUUUGUCCAAAUACUAAGGGAGUGUGCUGCCUUAUGUUACUUCUCAAUCUUGGUUUAAUUCUUGUUACAUUAGGCUUUGUUAUAGUAAUUCAAUUUUUCCAACCAUUAAUAGUCUGGAUUUUGGGAAUAGUAUUUCUUGUGUUUGGAUUUUUCACACUAAUAGGAAGCCUAAUAUAUUGUGUGCAUGUAUUUAGAAAUGCAAAACAUCCACAUGACAUUAAUCCAGAAGAUCUCUAUUGGACCCGAUAUUGGCAAGGACAUGUAGGUUCAGCACCUGAAGUGUAUUACAAAGCAGAAGAUAAAUAUCACGAUGAUGGGUAUAGUGAUCGUUUAAGCAAAUAUUCGCAUAAAUAUUAUGAUCGACAAAGAUAUUGAAA